UUGAAUGGUUUCUUUCCGUAUACGUUCGACAUAUGACAGGUUUCAACGUGAAUUCACCCUCGUGCUCGUACCCUGACCGUCAGAAGAACCCAGAUUCAGAAAGCCAGCAGAAAAUGUGAAGUGUGGGUUUAUUCGGUCCGGUGGUUUCAGGUGAACAUCGGUACGGUGAUCUGGGUUUUUUCACAUUAAGGUUCUUGGAGCAGUGAGGAUUUGUUUUUAAUGAGAUGAGUGAUGGAACGUACUGGAACGUAAAUGAGAGGAGGCAGGAGAUGUCGACCUUCUCAAGAACCUCUGAUGUAAUCUAUAUUUCUGAGAGGCGGGAGUUGUGCCAAAUACCUUCUGCAGUCUGAGGCACACUGCUUGUCCUGACCACUCACUUCAAACUGAAGGAGCCACAACGGCUAAUAUCUUCAUUUCUUGACACGGCAAGUUUUCUUCCCAAAUACGGUUGCCAGACAGAAUGCAUGUGCUGAUCUUUUCCAUCCAAUGACAUCAAAUGGAGAUUGAUGUGAAUCUGGAAACUGGCAUUAAACAAAUAGUCUAGCUUUUGUCAAUUCUAUUGAAGGCAUAUAUCACCUCUCAAGAUUUAGCAUGCAGUGAGAAUAGUCUUAAGCUCUGUGUCGAGUUUGGUGGAUGUGUCUUGAAAGCUUAAGGUUGAGCAAGAGAGAAAAGUUACAUUUUAGUCAGCUCUCUCAAGCUAGUUGUGCUUUCAUUUAUGGAAAGAAGGUUUGGAGUGGUAGAUAUGCAAUUUAUGACCUUAAGGUGACCUUCAUCCUUUUGAGUAUGUGACUGACUGGAGAGGUAAGUCUGUGAUUUAUCAGAUUCUAUAUGAAGAACAGAAUGUUUAACAUGCAUUCUCCACACAUGUGCAUCUUUUUUUGACCGUCCGUCACCCCCGUAAAGGUCAUAUGACUCACAAAUCCUGUUUUAACUCUUGGGCAUCAAGCGGGCUCUGCUGGAGCUCUUGUGUCGUUAUUGCAUCACUAAUUGUUCGAUCCGGUGUCCUGUUCACUUCUUUGUUCUUUCUCCUCAAUCCUCCAUGGAAAGAUCUUCAUAGGAGCAAAAGCACUGCAGUCUCAUUGUGCAUUCACCGCCCUGUUCACACAGGGUUUGCUGCAGACUACUGGACUUCAAAAGUCUCAAAUGGAAAAGUUUAAGCGUCAUUACCCGUCAUGUAAAUGUGGUGGUGCCUGAGGUAGCAGCAGUGCAUUAUGGAUCAUCCAUGCGAUAGCAGAUCUGCAGAACUGCUCUUCUCCAAGGCUCUUCUACGUCCUAAUAGUGCAGUGCAUAACUGUGGCAGAAGAAACAUCUGAGUUCAAAAUCAAAUGAAAAAGUGUUUGGCCCUGCGUGACUUCUGAUUCUGUUUUUGGCGGUUCUGACGGACACGUAGCUGUCUUGAGGAUCAGUUUGUGAAACCAGAGACACCAGGUGAGAGAGAGGAUCUGAAUUCAGACGAGCAGAGAGCUAGAUUCUUCACAAGGAGAAAACCUGAAAGAUCUGGGGAAAGUGUAUUAGCAUGUCUGAAGGAUCACAGAGCUUGUGUCCUAUGAGGCGUGUGAGAAGCGCAGGUUGAGGAGAGAUGCGCUCUGACCCCGGGACGGAGGGCAUUGUGGGAUGCAUCUGCUCGACGGGACGUGAUGUGAAGGACGAUGAGAGAGAAGACUGUGAAGAUAACAUACAUCCUGUGGAGAGAUGCAGUGAAGAAGCGAAGAGUACGACCUGGCUGCAUCCAGUAACUGGAGAAGCCGUCAUUACGGGACACAUGAAAACAUCGGAUUUACCCACUGGAUGGGAGGAAGGAUAUACGUUCGAAGGAGCGCGGUGCUUUAUUAAUCACAAUGAGCGGAAGGUGACCUGCAAACAUCCAGUCACAGGCGUUCCGUCGCAAGACAACUGCAUCUUUGUCGUCAACGAACACCUGAAUUGUGGGAAACUUGUCCAUCCUGUUUUAAACAGACCAGAGACCAAAGCUCCAGCUCCAACUGAGAAGAAAGAACGUCCCACCAGCACCAUGAGCGAAGCCUCCAACUACACCGGCGGCUCUGACUACACAACACAUCCCAGUAGUCCAACCUUAAGACAGUCAAGAACUUCAAAGAAAGUGCACAACUUUGGGAAGAGGUCCAACUCCAUCAAAAGGAACCCAAAUGCGUCUGUGGUGAAGAACGGCUGGCUUUACAAACAGGACAGUACUGGUAUGAAGAUGUGGAAGAAGAGAUGGUUCACGCUGUCCGACAUGUGUCUCUUUUAUUAUAGAGAUGAGAAGGAAGAGGGAAUCCUGGGCAGUAUUCUCCUACCCAGUUUCCACAUUUCGAUGCUGUCUGUGGACGAUCAUAUAAGCAGAAAAUACGCCUUCAAGGCGACGCAUCCGAACAUGCGGACGUACUAUUUCAGCACUGACACAGCCAAAGACAUGGAGUCAUGGAUGAAGGUCAUGACAGACGCGGCGUUGGUCCACAUGGAGCCGAGCAGGAGGCUUGAGAAGGUAAAGACGGAGCCACGCAGCACUCAGGAGAUGAACAACAUGUUGAAUCACAGGGUCCUGACCCGACCCGAGAUCCAAAACAAUGAGAGAAACCGCGAGACUCAUCGCCAUGAGGAGAAGAAGCAGAAAGCUUUAGAGAAGCACGCCUGCAUCCAGAAAGAGAAAGAGAGCAGAGGUAUCGUACAGACGGACGGCGACAACUACGCUCUCCAGAUAGACGCUCAAAGACUGGCGCUGCAGAAUGACGGAGACCGCUACAUGCUGCAGAAAGACGUGGAGCAAUACGUCCUUGAGAAGGACGGAGAGAAAUACGCCCUUCACAAAGAAGGAGACAAGUAUUUACUGCAGAAGGAUGGACAGAAGUACACGGUGCACAAGGACGGAGAGAAGUACACGCUUCAGAAGGACGACAAAGAGGGCGAGAAGAUGCUGCAGAAGGACGGAAGGUACCCGCUCCAACGGGAGGGUGAUAAAUACAGCCAGCCGAAAGAGACGGAAAAACCCGCUCCGCCUCCACGAGAGGGUGAGAAGUACGGAUUCCAGAAGGAGGGCACUUUGGAGCGACCCCUCACUAAGAUCAACAGCAUCAAGCUCCAGCCCGCACAAGCGGCGGCCAUCGCUGCGGCCGUGUCCUCGUCCAGACAACUCCAGAACGCACAGUACAAGCUGCCGCAGGUCAACGGGGAACGAGGAGGCGAUCGAAGCCCAGCGGAUGUAAGCAACACGUUACCCAGAAGGACCGCCAUGCCGCCCCAACCCAUAGAACCAGAGAGAACCCUGAGCAGAACAAACUCAAUGCAGCAGCUGGAGCACUGGGUCCGGACACAUCGUACACGAACACCAGACGAUGACACCAGGAGCAUCACCUCCUACCAGACGCUGCCCAGGAACAUGCCCAGCCACCGGCCGCAGGUGGUUCCGCGGUAUCCAGAGGGUUAUCGCACGCUCCCGCGCAACAUGCUGAGACCAGACAGUAUCUGUAGCGUGACGGGGUCAGUUUACGACCGCGCCCUGCAGCCCACCACAACGGAGAAGCGCCGCUCCAUCCGGGACGACACCAUGUGGCAGCUGUAUGAGUGGCAGCAGAGGCAGGCACACAGUCGAAUCGGGUACGGGACGCUGCCAUGCCCCAAAGCACUGGGACAGAUUGCGGAGUCUAUCCCCACUUCCCCUUCACACGGAUCCCUGGCUGGCUAUCACACCUUCUCCCCGAAUCGACCUCUUAACCCGGACACACGCUCUGAAGUGUCCUCGCCGGUGUUUCGUGGGGACGUGACUCUAGAACGACGGCAACGACAGCACCUGUCCAAGUAUUCAUAUGCUCCUGAACGCAGAGCUCCGCCUCCAGCGCAGAGCGUCACUGCGCAGUCACUGCAGGGCAAAACGCCGGAGGAACUCACCCUUCUGCUCAUCAAACUGCGCCGGCAGCAGGCGGAGCUUAACAGCCUCCGCGAGCACACGCUCGCCCAACUCAUGCAGCUAAACCUCGACGCCUCCAACCCAAAGAGUGACAUUCUUUCCCAUCACCUUCAGAGGAACCUCAUGUACCUGGACAGUCAGCAGAUGAGCCCCGAAGAGUUCAGAGAAACCUACUCGUAUAGACCAGAGGAACUUGAUAUUGAUGCGAAGUUAAGUCGACUUUGUGAGCAGGACAAAGUCGUGAGGACUCAAGAAGAAAAACUACAGCAGCUCCAUCGAGAAAAGCACACACUGGAGACUGCACUUCUGUCCGCCAGUCAGGAGAUUGAGAUGAGCGCUGAGAAUCCAUCAGCCGUCCAGAGCGUCAUCCAGCAGAGAGAUGUACUGCAGAGCGGCCUGCUGAGCACGUGCAGAGAGGUGUCACGCGUCACGGCUGAACUGGAGCGCAGCUGCAGAGAGUUUGAUCGACUGGAGGCUGAUGUCGCUCUGGCUAAGAGUAACCUGCUGGAGCAACUAGAGGCUCUCGGGAGUCCUCAGACGGAGCCUCCCAGCCAAAAACACGUUCAGAUCCAAAAGGAGCUGUGGAGAAUCCAGGAUGUGAUAGAGGCGCUGAACAAAAACAAACCCAAGAAAGCAACAGAACCCAGUUUUCCUGGAGCAAAUCCUCUAUCAAACCUGCAUAAAAGUGAAGAGUCAGACCUCGUGCCCCCCCGGCCUCCUCUCCCGUACUCUUAUGAGGGGGGAGAGCGCCCGCCUCAGCCUCACACGCCCCGUACCACCCCUCACAGGCCUGAAGACCGCAAGGCUGCCCAGCGAAACUGUGCCCAAAGCGGUCCAGAUUACCGGCUGUAUAAAAGUGAGCCCGAGCUGACCACGGUGGCAGAGGUGGACGAGAGUAACGGAGAAGACAAAACAGAACAGGCUGUAGAGAAAGAGCCGGCCAGCUUUACCAAAGGUAUAGUUUAUCCUGUCGGUGUCGUGAGCCCAAGAACCAAAUCACCCAUGCCUGAAUCCUCCACUAUACCCUCUUACGUGACCUUGCGGAAGACCAAGAAACCUGAUCCCAGAACAUCUCACCAGCAACAGGACCGUCCCCGCAGCGCAGUCGACAACAUGACCGGUGCGCUAGAGGUGGGUCGCACUCGCAUGAGCGUCGAGGAACAAAUGGAACGAAUCAAACGACACCAGCAGGGGGCGCUGCGGGAGAGAAGAAGGGAGGACGGCUCGCUGUCUCGUAGCCUCUCCUUCACUAGAGAUAACCCUUACUAUACUCUACAGACGCGUAAGAAGAGCCAUUGGCUCUCGCCGGACGAACCGGACGACCGCAGAGAUGUGUCGCUAACAGAACAUGAGCCACUGACAAAACCGGCCGACCCGGAGGAGAACUGCACGACUGCUAAAGACACACAACCGAAGAAGGUCAAACCAGAGAUUAAGAAGAAACCAGACAUCUUCCGGACAAACUCGAUCAAAGAGUCGUUUCUCAAGAGCUCAAGUCCUAAACCCAUGCUGAACGAGGAGGAAACAGGACCUAAACGCCCAUCACCGGUGGAGAACCAAUGGUCUAUGGCCACUCAGAACAGUGUACAGAAGGCCGUCAUGGUACGUGUGGGCACAGAGGAAGAUGAAGAUGAGGAGGAUGAGAAACCUGCCAGUCAGGAGCAGAACGUCUUUAAUGAGAUGACCAAUAGCAAACACAGCACGCUGAUGUCAGUGAACAGUCUGUCAACUCCGCCCCAAUCUCCAAGCUCCUCCUCCUCUCCCCCGCCCCCACCCUCUCCCCCUCAGCUGACGGACGGAUCUCACUUCAUGUGCGUGUGAGAGGAGACGUGGAAGACCCUUCACUGUCAUCAGUAAACCGCAGUAUGUGACCGGACGUCAUGGCAGACAGGAAGUACCGCCCACUCCUGCAUCAGCUGACCAAUACAGAUGAAACAUCCAGGCCUUAGUUCACCACAAUCCAGUUUGCAACCACAAUCCAAGGAAAAACGCUACAGUUAUACUGACGAUUAUUUAUAUUCCUAUUACGGCUUUGUUUUUAUGAUGCAUAUUUUAGAUCACAGAGUUUUAUUCUGUUUGAUGAGUUUAGUGUGAAUGCGGGAGUUUAAAGUGCUGAACCCUCGUAAAUGUACAUUAAUGGACCCAGAUGCUUAAACAGACAAACAUUUUAUUCAAACAAUAUAAGGGUUGUGUUCAUUGUUUGCUUGUUUUAUAUCAAUUUUAAUCGAUGGCUCCCAGUUGUACCCAGUGUUGGUCGAUGCGGUUAUAAGUACUCAUAUCUUUUGCACUGUAACAACCAUCGAUUCAUUUUUACUCGGUUGAUAUCAAACGAUUUGUGUAUAAACGAUUUACAAGAGAAAAUUUCACUAAGGUGCCACAGUACUGCUGCCGACGGACGGGGUUUGUAAAUGAUUUGUAUGGAUAUAUAGUCUGCAAUAGCCUCCACACUGUUUUCCGACACACUCAUGAAUGUUCCAGCUUACGUUUUAUUUUUCUAUGGCUGAGAUAUAUUUAAAUAGAGAGAUGAGUAAGAGUAUUACAGUUUUAAAGACGAGUAUUACAGAGAUUUGCUUUAGUUUGCGCUCGAGCGCUUUUUAAGCGUCAAAACCUAGAGGAGAAUAGCACACGAGUGGUAAUGGUUUUACAGUUCAAAAAAAGCAAUAAGCAGGGUUUUGGUGUUUAACUUUGAUGUAUAAACUGUACAAUUCAUGGUGUAUAUAGUGUACAUCAUACAAUGAGCAGAACAGAGAACCAUAAGAGGUUAUGUAUCAGAGUCAAUAUGCAAAAUGUUCAUAUUUCAUCUGUUUUAUAUCAUGUGAAAUAAAUGUUGUUCUUACAUAU